GGAAGUUCCAGCUCUGUGGACUCCGUAAGCAAGCAGGCAAGCAAGCAAGCAAACAGCGCUGUCACCUUACUCGUCGCUCCGAAUCUCCCGACAGAUUUCAAAAAAGAUGAUGACCUUGAGCACCACGUCUGACGACAGCGGUGGAGAUUUCGGAGAGAACACUUCGGCCUUUGGCAUAUUCGACGGAGACAGCAGCAUCCUAAGUCUUGGCGUGGACGACACCGAUCACAACCUUUUCUCGGAGAGCAUGCCCAUGACAACGCUGGACACGGCGAGCAGCUCGGAGGACGAGUCGCAGGUGGGCCGGCUGGCUGCCUCGUUUUCGUGGCCUUGCACCGUCAACCAAGUGCUGGUGGCCACGGCCGCCGUCUUCCAGGGCCUGCUCAUUGUCGUUACGCUCACGGCCAUCAACAAAUACGGCAUCUUUGCCGGACCUGCUUCUAUUGACAAUGAUAUAGAACCUGCGAAGUAUUACGAGAAAGCCGACAUCCUGCAGCCAGAGAGGAAUGCGGUUGACGACUACGGCAGUGCCUCCGGCAUUCCAGAUUCAGACAGGCGGAGCCCGAAGUCGACGACAACGUUCGACGACUUGGCUGCCCUCGCCUCAGUUCCUAGCGGCCUGAAACGAGCUGCGGGCACGGGCCCCAAAGCCAACGGAAGCUCGCACACAUGGCCUUCGACAAUUGCAGACAGCGGCAACGGCAGCCGCGCCCUGAUGUGCCUGUUCGCGGACACCUUCGAGGGAGACUUCCCGACGCACCUGUGCACGCACCUGGUGUUCAUGAACGCCGUGAUCGACCUGCAGGCGCAGAUCAUCCGGCCAAACUCGGCCGAGCAGGGACGCGCCGUGCUGCAGCGGUUCGUCAACCAGCGUCGCGAGCAGGAGGAGGGCGGCGGCUGCCACUUCCUGGUGUCCCUGUGGGAGGCCCGGGUGACGGACACAUACCGCGACCUGUUCACCGACUGGUCGCGGGGCACCCGGGCCGCCACGCUGGCCCUCGGCUGGCUCCAGCGCACGGGGCUCGACGGGCUCGCGCUGCUCAACCUCGCGCUCACCUCGGACAGCGGGCCGGACUUCCUCAACGUCCUCAAGGUGAUGCGCGCCGUGAUGGGCGCCGACGUCAUCCUGGCGUUCGGCUUCUACCUUCCGGAGAGCUACCAGGGUAAAGAGGAGAAGCGACUCAUCAGGACGUUGCACCAGAUAGCUAACCAGGUGAACUUCACGGUGUUCGAAACGCACGACCCGCGGCCAGUUUCGUGCAAGGUGUUCGUGCCGAACGCCUACAACAAGCGCAACGACGACCUCGACGCCCCCGACCACACGAUACUGCAGUGCCUACAGUGGAGCGCGGGCCCCGCAGAGCUUUACCAGCGCCUGCCGGGCCGGCUGUGCGUGUCGCUCACCCUGGCCGCGUUCCGCUUCAUCGUGCACGUGGGACCCGGGCACCUGGGCGCACGCUGCUACAACUACUACCCGGCGUCGCCCAGACAGCACUGCCGGGACAAGCGGCCGGUGCACUUCGCAGAUGCGGCCAUCGGCAACUUCGCCGAGGUGCCCGCCGGCACGCAGCUUCAAUCUGUGCGACUCGAGGCCUUCGACACUGUCGCCACGCUGAGGAAAAAGAUGACGUUGAUCCUGGACGAGUACCCUGCCGUAUGCGUGGCGCUCUACCACGCGGACCUCGAGGACUACCGUGGUGUCUGCGACCCGGGCGAGCCUUUCGCGCGCAUCACCGCAGUUAGGCAGAUUAUCGACUCGAAACCACCGGCAGGGACAAGAUGAUGCCACGAGCCACCAGAAGGAGCACCCAGUGUCGUCAUUAUCUGCCAGGAUGCCUACUGCAACUCUUACUGUUUUUACACUUAUGUCGCGUAUUGUGCCAUUAACCAAAUACAGUUCACUUGUUCAACGAACACAA